AUGCGGAGAAGUUCAGGGCAGACCAAAGACGCAGUCUUGGCGCCAGUUGCCAGGGGAGGGCGUCACGUGCCGCUAAUCCUGCCUAGAUCGGCUUGUUUGUUUCUUUACACGCACUCGCCUCGUCGCAUCCCUCAUCGCAUCUAUGUUUCAAGCUCAACAGGGUCAAAGGUCAACAUGGCGUUGGUUGCGCGCUUCGACCGGGCAUGCACACUUGGAGACGGUGAUGAUGCAGCAUUCUGGGAAGCCGGCGACCUUAGUAUUGACAUAUUAGAGGGAAUAAUCUAUCAGCUUGUAAUGUUCGCAAACACAGCUCACAAGUCAUGGCGGGAUCACCAUUCUGGAAAGUCGUCUCCUGACUCCUACAGGUAUUCUUCCAGCCUGAGUUCCCAAGUUGCGCUCGACACGCCAAGCUCAGAGCCCGCGACACCGGUAGAGGUGCCUCUCCUCGUUCUGCCGAAACGACGGGGUCAUCAACAUUCGGGAAAGUCCAGCGUCAAAUCAGCGCAUAUACGGAAGCCUUCUCGCGAUGAACGAUCCUCGACGUCCAUCGAUUUGUCGCGAUCGUCAAUUGAGCUUGAGGGGCUUGGAAUAUACACAAAUUUGGAAAGAGACACGAGAUUUCAACAGAAUCGACACAGUGUCUCAAAUCUUCACAGAUCGAUCAGUGAAAUCUCACCUUCGCCGAGUAUAAGGCUAGGUCAAACUUAUGUGCAUCCCCGACGCCAGUUACCCACACCAAGCAGUCCGCUUGGUAUACCUCAACGUCACUCGGUGGAUGGAGGGUACUUCUCGACUAUCAACCGGAGUAUGACGGGUUUUACCAGCCCGACCCUCUCCAUCCCAGACGAUGAGCACGAGGACAACGACAGCAAUUCUUUCGACGAAGCAGAUACACCAAAAACAACAUCAUUAGAGCUUAGACGUUCUACUCCAAUAAUACUUCAAAGAGCGCAAACCGACACAGCGCUUAGCAGGGCUUCCUCAUGGAAGGAGUCCGAAUUCCUAUCGUCGACCGAGUUGACAUCCCACGCAGCCGCUGUGCGUGCUGCCCGGAUCGCCUUUGCGGAGAAAGAAGCUUCGAAAGCCCGAAAACUCGAGGAGCAACAAAAGAAAAAGACGCAACAGCGUGAUGAGCGUCGACAUCAGCGAUCAGUCAGUCAUAUGGUAAAAUACAUAGACCUUGAGGAAGACAUGGCUCCAGACCAAGUGACUUCUGUUCCCCCACUUCCAGGCAAACCAAUUACACCGUCGUCCGCCUUGGGCCCACCAAAGCUUCCAGCAGCAACAAAGCAUAACUGGAACAAAUUCCUUACAUGGGGGAAAACACGCUACUAUAAAGCAAAGAGGAAGGUCUCCAUGCCUGUACCGACUUUUAGGUAA